AUGCUGCUGGCCAUGGUCUCUGCUUCCAAUUGUCCGAGUGACACUGCUCCGUCGCCCACGCCGCAGCUGACGCCCGAGGCCACCUCGACUACGACGGAAGCCCCGUCGCCCACUCCGCAGUUGACGCCCGAAGCCACCCCAACUACGACUGAAGUCCCGUCGUCCUCUUCCUCCUCCGGAGAAGGAAGCUCGAGUUUCGCUCGCUUCUUCGAUCAGGAUCGUUUCCACGAGGUGUUCCCGAACGCAGUGGAGCUCUACAGCUUCAAUGGCCUCGUGGAUGCCUCCAUCAAGUACACGGAGUUUGUCAACAGCGGCAACGACGAUAGCGACAAGCGCGAGCUGGCAGCCUUCCUGGCCCAAACAGCACAUGAGAGCGACAGCUUCAAGGCUACAGAGGAGUAUGGUUAUGAAGGUUUUUCGGUCUGGGAGUACUGCAGAAAUACGACGUACCCCUGUGCCCCCGGUCGUCGUUACCACGGCCGUGGCCCCAUUCAGAUAAGAUGGAACUACAAUUACUACAAUGCCGGUGAAGCGCUCGGAGUUGAUCUCCCAAACAGCCCUGACAUUGUAGCGAGUGAUACAACUGUGACGUGGAUGACUGCGCUCUGGUACUGGAUGACUCCGCAGAAUGGCCGUGUGAUUCACGACGUAGUCACCGAUGAGAGCGGAUUUGCUCAAUCCACCGAUAUCAUCAAUGGCGGUCUCGAGUGCGGACCGGAGGCUCCCAACAAGGCAAACGAGGAGCAGCGUAUCACGUACUUCACUAAGAUGUGCGAAGCUCUGGGCGUGGAGCCUCUGGGCGCCACUUCCUGCAACGCUUAA